GUGGCGGCGCCGCAUGAGUCACCGUGGUUGGUCCUGGCGCGGUGGCCCCGCCCCGCGGCUGUCCCCGGCCCGCCCCCGGCCCCCGCUACUCCCGGAGCCGGCUGGCGGCCGCCGCGCCACACCGGAGCGCGGCAGUGCGGGGAGCAGCCCCGCCGCGCCCGCUGCUUCCCCGCCCCGCUGCCGCCAGGCUACAGCCUCCACCUGCCCGGGCUCCCCCGCCCGACCUCAGCCGCUCGGCAGCCCGACCGCCGGAACCGAGGCACCGCUGCCCGGUCCGGUUCGGGAGGUGCCGGGACCGGCUACGAAAUUGGGCGAGGGGACCGGGAUGCUGCUCUCGAAAAUUAACUCGUUGGCCCACCUACGUUCCGGGACCGGUGGGGAGUUACACAGCGCUAAGCUACAGCCAGGUACGAGAAAUACGGCCCGGUUUUGCUCGGCCCGGUUCGGUUGGGGCCCCCGGCGGAGCGUUAACGGCCGCGUCUCGCCUGCAGGGAAAGAGAAGGAGCCGCUGGAGAAGCUGUACCAGGUGGGCCCGCUGCUGGGGAGCGGCGGCUUCGGCACGGUUUAUUCGGGUAUUCGCCUCUCCGACAGCACGCCGGUGGCCAUCAAACACGUAGCGCGGGACCGCAUCUCCGAGUGGGGCGAGCUGCCCAGUGGCACCCGUGUGCCGAUGGAGAUCGUGCUGCUGAACAAGGUGGGAUCCGGCUGCAGCGGCAUCAUCCACCUCCUCGACUGGUUUGAGCUGCCCGACAGCUUCGUGCUGGUGCUGGAGCGUCCAGAGCCCUCGCAGGAUCUCUUCGACUUCAUCACGGAGAGGGGGUUCCUGUCCGAGGAGCUGGCGCGGGGGCUUUUCCGCCAGGUGCUGGAGGCAGUGCAGCACUGCAACAACUGCGGCGUCCUGCACCGUGACAUCAAGGACGAGAACAUCAUCGUCGACCUCAACACCGGCAAGCUCAAACUCAUCGACUUCGGCUCCGGCACCUUCCUCAAGGACACAGCCUACACCAAAUUUGACGGAACGCGGGUGUACAGUCCGCCGGAGUGGAUCCGCUGUCACCGCUACCACGGCCGUUCAGCGACGGUCUGGUCCCUGGGAGUGCUGCUCUACGACAUGGUCUGCGGGGAUGUCCCCUUUGAGCAGGACGAGGACAUCAUCCGGGGCCAGCUCUUCUUCCGACGGCGGGUUUCUCUAGAGUGCCAGCAUCUCAUCAGGUGGUGUUUGUCCAUGCGCCCCUCGGACAGGCCGUCUUUGGAAGACAUUUUCAACCACAGCUGGCUGCGAGGCAUUCACCUGCCUCAGGAGACGGCAGAGAUCCACCUGCACAGUUUGAUCCAGGAGCCUGGCAAGUAACAGCGUCACGCAUCUCCUGGGCACAAGAAGCAAAGAAAAUCAGACUUCUGCCUCGUGACCAUCACCGAGCGGGGAUCGUCAGAUGGGAACACGCAUAUCUUGUCCCGGAGCUGGGCUGGAGACUUGUUCUUCCAAGCGCUGGUGGCCACCGUCCAACUCAGCUGUCCUGGGGUCCAUCUGAACAACCCUUUUCUCAUUUGACGUUGUGCCAGUCAAUUGGGGUUUUUUGGGUUUUGGUUCUGGUUCUGGAGGCUCCCAAGUGUCUUCCUCGCCUGCUGAAUUUGGAAUUGCAAGAGGAUCAAAGACCUUAUUGCGAGAAAAGCUUCAACCAGGGAAAACUGCUCGAGGGGAGGGCAGGUACCGCGGCCACAUGGCUGUCUCUCCUCCGCUGUCACCAUGCUCGAGUGCCUUCAGUUGCGACCUGGGCUGUGCUGGAGGAAAUACUUGAAUUUUCCUACACUGCUGCUUUUCCAAGACUCGCCUGGGUAUAUAGUUCCUUUUCCCUUUUCAACAAGAAGAGGGGUCAGAAGAUGGUCGGGAGCCCAGCGGGUGACGCAUCGCCUCCCGUGCCUGCAGCUCAUCUGGAUUUUCUGGGGUUCUUUGCUUCCCUGUGCCCUCAUGAAUGCACAAACAAUGCAAACCAACAGAGCUGUAAAUAUGUACAAAGCUCUAUAGGAGCAAAGCUUGAUGUACAGUUGUUAAUAGUGAUAACAUUUUACCUUGUUUCUUUGGGGUUUUUUUCCAUUUUUUGUUUUUUAAUUUAUUUUAAUGAAUUUUUUUUUUUGGUUGUUUUUUGUUUUUUUUAAGAGAGAUUUCUAGCCAGUAGGAUAACUUAUUUAUUUAUUUAUAAUUCACGUGGGUUUCCAACCCAUGCCUUGCUUCUACGGCUGCUGAUCUCCCCCCGGUUUUCCAUUCGGGUCUUCCCUCCGUGUCUGUCCUGUGUCCGUCCCCGGGUCCGUAGCGUUCCUGUCGGAUGUCUGGCGGGGGUGCGGGGCGCCUGCCUGCUCCCCACCCGUCUGUGUACAUAGUUCUGGUUGCUGUUGUUUCUGGCUGCUGUUAUUUCUUCACCACGUGCAGAUGAGUUUGCAGAUGAGUUUUGUUUUGCCUCAUGGGUGUCUUGUCUGGGGCUGGGGAGGGGGAGCCGGCCCAGGCUGUCCGUGCUGUCGAGUCUUUAUAUGUAACCAAGUGUGUAGCCGGCAGGUUUUUUGUUAAUAGUUAAUAUUGUACAGGGGAAUUCAGAAAUCUUAUUUUUUUUAUGCGGUUUUAAAUAAAAAUUAAUGACUUGA